GGCCUCUGCCUCUGCCUCUCCGCGCCCCUGGUUUCCCUACCAGUACUAGCAGCACCCGCCGCAACGCCGAGAAGACGCGAGAGGAAGGGAGGUGCGCCACCGGAAGCGGAAACCUCAGGAACCAUCGACCAAACCCCGUCGAUCCGGUUGCGGCGCGGCGCGGCGUGCUAGAUAGCUACCGACGAUGGUGGUGGAGGAGAUCACCGAGGGCGUGAAGAACCUCGCCGUCGCCGGAGAUGCGGCGGCGGCCUCAGGCGGAGAGGGGCAGAGGAGGGGCGGCGGCGGCAGCAGCAACCGCAUCCAGGUGUCUAACACCAAGAAGCCCCUCUUCUUUUACGUCAACCUCGCCAAGAGGUAUAUGCAACAGCACGGCGAUGUUGAGCUAUCCGCUCUUGGAAUGGCCAUAGCGACAGUUGUGACCGUGGCAGAAAUUCUGAAGAACAAUGGAUUUGCUGUUGAAAAGAAGAUUAGGACAUCUACUGUUGAAAUAAACGACGAAUCAAGAGGGCGUCCAUUCCAAAAGGCCAAGAUUGAGAUAAUCUUGGGAAAGAGUGAUAAAUUUGAUGAGUUGAUGGCCGCUGCUGCGGAAGAGAGGGGAGAAGUGGAAGAUGGUGAAGAGCAGGCUUGAAAACAGUACCGACGACAAGCGACUUUUGUUGUGCUCUGUUAAUGUUGUUUAAUUUAAUACCGUGUGCAUGACUCAUGAGAGAUGGCAUGCGUUCUUGCUCAACUACAUCACCAUGGCAGUGUCUGCAAAUUCAUGGAUUGAUGGAUGGAUGUUGGUUGUUUGUUAACAUUUUGGACAUCUAGUUCAUUUGUUUCUUUGGCUAUGUAUGUUUUCCCAGUCCAACGUUCUCCUUACAAAAUAUCUUCAUUCUGCAAAGACUGAAGAUUUAUGCA